ACUUUUCGUCUAAAUACACACAGAAAUGUUUACUUUUCAACUCCUGAUCAAAGGCUGAAUUGUUAUUUUUGGCCACUAGUACUAGAGAUAUAAAUACGGUGAUAUGCUGGAGAGAAGAAUUUUGAACUAUGUGUGAAAGACAUUAUAGCAGCUUAGACAAAAUAUAAACCAUUGGACAAGCAAAAUAGUAGAAAAAAUACUUUAUGCCGCCACUGUGUACAUGCAAGGGAUUACUGAGUCAAUUCGAUAAACUUAAACAAAACAGACCUCAAUACACUGUACUUUUCUUUAGGCAAUUAUUCUUUACCCUUCGAAUUGUUUACGUUUUGAUUUUUACAUGGCCAUAAAAAUCCCUGAGUUUUCUUAUCGCUAUUACAACUUCUUAGGAACCUGAAUAAGUGGAAACGAUUGCAGAUGUAAUAAAUCCCCAAAAUAAAUAGCUCUGUAAGUCUUCAACAUUGGAUGCUGAUCACAUGUUUUAAUGAACUCAGCUAGCUGAAGGUGCUCUGUCAUUCAUCACGAAUAGGGACGCUGCACUCAAAAUCACCUGCAAUCGCUAGCCACUCUAGAUCAUUCCAUCCACGAUAUAUUGAUAGCCUGUCAAAUAUAUCUUCAAACCUCUUCAAUUCUGUCUUCUGAUUUCAUUUGGUGGGUAAGCUUCAUAUUAGAAGGUAUUGCUGGUUAAAGCGUUGUCAAACUCCAAAUACCUAUGGAAUCUUCAAACCUAAGUCAUCACAAACGCACAAGUAAGGUUAAGUCUCUGAUGUCACUAUUAACUGAUUAAAUAAAUAUCUUGGGAAAAAUAACAUAUAUGUAGAUGGAUAUAGACUUUAGGUGAACUUAGAUAAUUGGAUCAGAGGCUCUAAAAAAUGGGCGAUACACACCAACUCGAUCAAGCAUGUUCAUUCACAUUGCGGAUAAUAGGUGAAUGGUAGAAGUGUCGUAUGCCACAAUCCAGUAACACAACGAUUUUUAGGUAACAAUGUGACCACGAUUUAAACACACGGUCGCAGUUAAGAGCAGCAUGAGAAGCUAGACAAUGAUUCUGUCCUGCCGAAACUUUAGGAGUUUUCUGAUGGUGAUGUAUAGGAUAUUAAGAAAUAAUUUUGAACGUGAUAUAUCCGGCAUUUCUUCUCCCAACAGAUUUGAGCAACUCGACGGACAUACCGAGCGAGCAAAAAAGACAAGAACUAACAAAAUACAUGUGGCGAUCAGGCUUUCACGCCAAAUCAUCAAUACUUGGAAACUGUUAUCUGAAGAAUUGAUAUAUACCCCUUCAAUUGGCUCAUUCAAAAGGAGACUAGAUAAUCAGAAGCUUACAAUAGAAGGAAUAGCACAGACCGUAGGCCUUCUGUUCUCAAUAUGCAAACCUCAAUCUGAUCUGAAUAAUAAAGCAAAUACGUCACGUCAUUUUGUCCUUCGUUUAGUGUACGUGUAGAAUUAUGGUCUACUUUGUAAUUAGUACUACUAAAAGAAAUAGACCUAGCCCUUAAAGCAUAGGUUUUUCGUGAUGUAGCUACCGAAUCUAUAAGAUCCUACGUGGAAGUCAGAUUAUUGUCAACACUGACUUAUCGUACCGUAACAAUUAACAGUAUGGUACUUAGUACUUGUGAAGAAGACAUUUAUGAUGACGAUGAGAAUAUAUUUAAUGUCAAUAAAGACUAGUUAUAUAGAAUGACCACGUUUGCGAGGCUGAGCCACGCCGUGCGAUUGAAUCGAAUUAAUACUUCCCACCUACUCCAUUGUUGACCUUAACUUCGUGUUAAUGUUAAAUAUGCAUUUUCUCGGUUAUCAUAUUUUCAGCUGUGAAGGUUGUGUGAUUAGAAGGAAUGGAACUACGUAUGAAACUAAUCGCUUUGGGAAAGUAAGGCUAUUGUAUUCCAUAUCGUGCUCUGUAGAAAGAAUUUACUUAACAUCCUGACAACGAUCGUUGCUACUAUCAUCAUUAGCAAAUCUUACAGAUGACUUAAAUAAAACUAUUGGCUUCUGGUUUUGAUCUCCAGAUUGUCUUAAUAUGAGAACUGUGUUGUUUUUUAGUGUUGUUAGUCACUUUCCGUAGUAGGUGUAAGUGUGCUAUGUGCGCUUGCUGGGUCUUCGACUCAACUUUUUUAUGUUCUCCUGUUUCACACUCCUCCUCACUCAUUCAACUUUGUAUGUUCCUCUGUGUCUAGACGUGAAACGCUUCGUCGUCUACUUUUAACUUUUCAUAUGAGUUUCUCAGAAAUGCCGUUGUUGUAAUAAGUCAAUGGUUCGUUAAUAACCUUAGUCUUAAUCAAUGCGCUCCACUCAAAAUAUUACCUGUAAAUUGGUUUACUGUCUGGUAUUACUGGCCUCGUAAAGAAAGAGUACGUGCAAUAAUACACACGAAAAGUCUCUGUCACUUUCUUUUCGUUUAGUUUACAUCUGUGAACUAGAUUAGUAUUUUUUUGAUGAAAACAGAAGCUGUACCAUACUCUAGUCAUAGAUAAGUGGUAUAUGAUUGGUCUUCUGACUCGAAAAUUAUGACUUCAUUCGGAAAAUAUGUUAGUAAUUUUGUCAAAACAGCUGUUUCGUCUAUUUCCCCUAAUAAAGUAACACCUUAUACUUUAAGCCAAUACGAAUCUGAAUAUGAAAAUUGUGAACAGUUACUACAACAAAAGUCAAUUUAUUAUUUCUACAAAGUGGCAAAUCAUUUUGAUAUGGUUUACUUACCUGGAUCAGUUGGCAUUCCAGUCAAUGGAGAGACUGUCUAUGCUUACAGUUUAUUUAGAUUUCAAGGCGAACAAGAAGCAGGCGUCGCUGUAUUUUUAAGAUACAUAGAAGUUUUGGAUCCUCUGCAUUUAGCCUGUAUGAACAUGAAUUUAUCCAUUGAUCGCACAUAUUUGGAGAAAAUAACUGCGCACUGUCGAAACCAGUGUGGCUGGUCAGCUGCUCAUGUAGCUGCAGCGAUGUCUUGGCGUGAGGUUUUCUUAAGCGAGUCAGUAAAGGGUCUUUUAAAUGAAUAUGAUCCUCUUUCUGGUCUAACUCCACUACGAGUCGCAAUCAAAGAGAAUGAUGAAGAGACAGUUCAGUCUUUAGUAACUAUGGAUAAUAUCAAGGCAACUGAAAAAGAUGAGGAUGGUAAUACUGUUCUCCAUUUGGUUUUGGGAGAUACUUCGGUGAAAAUUUUAUCUCUACUUCUUGAUAAUCUUCAAAGCUUAGAUGUGAAUGCUUUGAAUAACAAAGGUGAAUCUCCUUUACAUAUUGCCUGUCGUAAUAAUUCUAUGGAAUGCAUUGAAAAACUGCUUAAAGCUGGUGGUAAUCCUAUGAUUGGUGAAUUUGAAUCAUUUCCUAUUCAUAUUGCUGUCAAUAAUGAUUCACUUGAAUGUGUUAAUCUACUUUACACCUAUUGUCCUAAUUGUAUCAAUCUACCUGAUUUAAUAAAUCAUAAUACUCCAAUUCAUUUGGUGCGUAAUCCGAAAAUCUUUGAAAGACUGUGUGAACUUGGAGCUAAUUUAGAUGCACGCAAUGAUUUAGGACUGACUAUUUUACAUAUGAAAGUACGCGAUAAUAAUUUCGAAGAUGUUUUGGCUUUAUUAAUUCGUGGUGCUGAUCCAAAUUUACGUAAUGCUAGUGGUGCAACUCCUUUACAUUAUGCCAUGACUUAUAAUGCAUCGAUUCAUAUUAUUCGUGCAUUAUUGGCAUUUGAAGCGGAUCCUUAUGUUCUAAACAGUAAUCAGCACAGUUGUCGACAUUUAUUAUGUUGUAAUGCUGAGAGUUAUGUACCUUCACCUGAUCGAGACUUAGCCCUGUACACCUUGGAUGCAUUAGGUAUCAGUCGAUGUCCUCCUGGGACUGUGGAUUGUACAGAAGGUUGUAUGGACCUAGAAUGUGCUGAAAAACGUAAUCUAUCUGUAUUUAAUGGUACACCUCCAGAAGUUGUUCCUCAUUUAGCAGAUAUCACACGUGAAUCAAUUGAAGAAAUUCUCUUAUGCACUACUUCAGUUGAUUAUAACCCUUUACAUCAAACAAGUCAAAUGACUCAAUCUCAAACAAUGUUGAAUAAUGACUUAUCAAAUGGUAUGAUUCCACGUCCAUACAAUUCUCAUUCAGAAAACCAUGAUGUAAUUCAGAGUAAUAUUAAACAACGAUAUUCACAACAAUUUUCACAUACUCCAAAGUUGCAUCGACGAAUUGUAUCUUUACCAAAUGAUAAUAGUGUACAGUUAGUCAGUCAAUCCCUGUCUGACGGUAGUGUACACCUGGCAUCUUUUAGUGUUCCCUCUGACUCAGAAAGUGAACUCACAUCGAAUUCACAUUCAACUGAACAAUUAAGUUAUACUAAAUUUACUAAUGUAACAAAUAAUUCACAACAAUCCUCUGACAAUACAAAUCCCAGGAAAGUACAUUUACCAGUAGAGGCAACAUGUAAUUUCAGGCCUACAAAAUGUAAUUGUGAUCCUUCAGCGUUCGUUAAGCGUAAUGGAAUACCUAUGGAUUCAGGCACAUCAUCAAUAAUAACAACAACAAAUUGUGCUACUGCUAGUACUUUUGACACUAUUCCUGCAAACACUAAUAUUGCUGAUAUAUCUAGAAAUAAGGGAGAUGAUUUGGACAAAUUCACCAAUCAUAAUCAACUAUCUGACUUAAAUACAGAUGAUGAUGAUCAUAAUCAUUGUAAUUUUACCGGUAAUCAACAUGGUGUUAAGAAAUCCAAAAAGUGGAAAGUUGGACCUAAUGGCCUCCGUGUUCUAUCACUUGAUGGUGGUGGUAUGCGUGGAUUAGUGAUCGUACAAUUACUUCGUGCUUUAGAAAUAGCAUCUGGAAAGAAAAUUACAGAAUUAUUUGAUUGGAUCAUUGGUACUUCAACUGGUGCAGCGAUAUCACUAUUUCUAGUAUCUGGCAAAUGUUUACAUUGUUGUCGUACAUUAUUAUUUCGAUUUAAAAAUCUUGUCUUCUGUGGUAAACGACCAUAUCCACCGGAACCAUUAGAAAUGUUAAUGCGUGAUGAAUUCGGUGAUAAUACUGUAAUGACUGAUUUAAAAACAGUCAGAGUUGCUGUAACUACACUUGUCAGUGAUCGAUGUCCACCAAUAUUGCAUAUGUUCAGAAAUUAUAAAUCUCCCCGUACUCGAAUACAACAAAUUUUAGAGACACGUCAAUCUGGAUUAAAGUCUUCUGUGUAUCAACGAACAAACAGAAGAAACAGCGGAUUAACUCAUCGUCAGUCUACUUCCGCCCUUGAGCUUGAUCGUGAAAAUCAAUCUACAAAAUCAUCAACACUUUCAACUUCUCAAUCUAUUUUAAAUUUUUUCUCAAAUGCUCAGGGAUUGUUAAUAGGUAGUGAAACAAGUACCAACCUUUCAACAUCUGACACUGAAUUAAAUAAUCCGUUUGAACAACUGCCUAAAGAUAAUGAACAUCCAAUUUGGAAAGCUGCUAGGGCUUCAAGCGCUGCACCGACAUAUUUUAGACCUUGUGGGCGUUUUUUGGAUGGUGGAUUAAUUUCAAAUAAUCCAACACUAGAUAUUUUAACAGAAAUUCAAGAAUUACAACUUUUACAACGUUUAAAAAAUAAACCUAUAACUCCUAUAGCAGUGGUUGUUUCUCUUGGGACUGGACGGUUGCCUGUUAUGCCUGUAGAGACAGUGGAUGUAUUUCGUCCCCAAAAUAUUAUGGAAACAUAUCGAUCUGUACGUGGUUUCGGAUUUCUUGGUCGUAUUCUGGUUGAAAUUGCAACCAUGUCAGAUGGUCGAGUCGUUGAUCGUGCUAGUGCAUGGUGUGGUUCACUUGCAGUACCGUUUUUUCGAUUAAAUCCUCCAUUAUCAACUGAUAUUAGUCUUGAUUCUACUGAUAGUAAAGAACUUUUACUAAUGAUUGUUGAAACUCAAACUUAUUUACGUCGAGUUUACGAACGGAUUGAACUGUUAGCUUCAUUGUUGCAAUAGGAUAUAUUUUUAUGUAGAAAUUCACUUGUUUUACAAGUUAUUUUUGAGAUAUUUAUAUAAUGAUUCGUUCAAUAUGACCAUUAUUAUCAAAUAAUUUAAUAUUUUUCAGCAUACAUACUUCCGUCAAAGUUUACGGAAAGAAAUAAGAUUUCCUGCUAAAAGUUAUUGUUCCAAUAUUUGUUUAUCUAUUCUUGACCUUUGUUUUCUAAUCAUUUACAAAGCUUUCGGAAUUUCUUUUUAUAUCUUUUAUUCAUCGUACAGAAUUGAUUUUAUUUAUACUUUGAGUAAUAACAUUUUAAUAUCUUAUUUUGUGAAACAAUUUACGUGAUAAUCAGUAUGCAUACAUAUAGACAUACUGUUUCAAACUUUUCCCCAUCAACUUAUCUAUUUUUUUAAAAAAAAAAUCUCGAUUCCGAUUUUCAAUGUGUUAAGAUCAUCAAUUGAUACAUUCGAAAAGAAAAUAACUUUUGGAUGGGGGAGAAACUGUGUAUAAUAUUGUUUUGUUAAUUAUUAAUUAGUUUCACCAUAAUAGUAGGUAGCUACCUGGGUGGAUCUAAUGAUACAAAUUCUUAAGUGAUAUGGUGUCUGAAAGUUGUCACAUAUUGAAGCAUAGUGUUGGAAAACAAAACAAAUUAGAACGAAGAAAGUCAU